GAAUAUUAUAACGAACAUAAAGAUGAACUGAAAGGAGAGAAGGGUGACACCGGACCUCAAGGACCACAAGGAAUACAAGGAAUACAAGGAAUACAAGGACCUCAAGGCGAAAACGGUUUGGAUGGAAAGGAUGGAAAGGAUGGAAAAACUGCUAAAUCAUGGAUAUGGGACCUUAUAAAUACUGGUUUAACAGCUGCUUCAUAUGGAGUUCUUCAAUACCAAAUCGGAAAGAUAUGGGCUGUACUUGGUGAAGAAGCUUUAGAUGACGUCAAAAAUGCUUUGAACUUCAUUUCAAAUGGUUCUGAUACUAUUAAAACUUUAUCUGGUUGGAUGCAAGAAACAAGGAGUCAAAUAGAUACUGUAAGACGUAUAGCAAACAAUGCACGUACGGGAUUGGAUACUUUACGAAAAGCACAAAAUACACUAAAGGAAGCAAAUGAUAUUCUUGGCUCAGUAUCAGACAUGCAUGAAGAUUGGCUUAAAGGUAUUGACAAAUCUUUAAAAAAUCACAGUCAGUCUAUUGCUGACUACAAGAAAAGUAUAGAUUUUUUACAUAGUGCUAUGGACGUACAUGAUGGAAGCAUAAGGAACUUACUUAAUGCUAACAAUAACUUACCAGGAACUAUUAAAGCAUUUAUAAAGUCCUUUGUAAAACCCGGUGCUCUAACAUUUAGGUCUUUGAGAGCAAGAGCAUUGAAGUCAAGAGAUGCAGAAACUCCAACAGAAACUCCAGAAGGAACUGAAACAACAGAAACUCCAGAAGAACCACCAAAACCAACAGCUAAUGAAAUAUUGUUCGAAUAUUUUCCAAGGUACUCUGUUCUCAUUGCAUACAUUCAAGAAAUACUUAAGAAAGCAGACUUGACUUUAGGAGAUGAUGAAAGUUCUGUAUAUCUUUCGUUCCAAUUCCAAAUAGCAGAACUUUUGAGACAGAUAUGCUUAAUGUAUGA